AUGGGCCAUGUGUCUUUCAACCGCCCCACUAGAAAUAGACCGGAAAGGAGUGCAUGGAGGAGUGAUGUGCAGAGAGGAGAUGCCAAGAGGGGUGACAAACCCACCACUGCCGGUAGGGUCUUUGCUUUGACAGUGUCGACGCCCGCUUCUGCUUCUGAGUUGUGUGUUGGUUGCCUUAUUGAUGUGAAUGGGAAGAAGUAUAAGGAGGAGGAUCAGUUGUUGAUUUCAACUAGCCAAGCUGAAUCAUUGUUGAGGGAUGGAGCAAAGUGUUGUCUUCUACUUGUUGCUAUGAGUGUGGAGACUAAAAGGGUUAUUGCAGAGAUUGAUGUGGUGCGGGAUUUUGUUGAGGUGUUCCCCGAUGAAGUGCCUGGGUUGUCUCCUACUAGGGAGAUAGAGUUUAGCAUUGACUUGGUCCCAGGAGCGGGGCCAGUGUCGGUGGCUCCCUAUAGGAUGGAUCCUGCUGAGUUGGUUGAGCUGAAGGGUCAAUUGGAGGACCUAUUGGAGAAGACCCGAGAAGAGCAUGAAGAGCACUUGAGGUUGGUGCUAGAGAUUUUGAAGGCAAAGCAGCUAUAUGCUAAGCUUUCCAAAUCACACACCAAUGAUACAAGAUCAAAAGAUCGAGCAUCAACGGUAACUCGAGUAUUUGGAAGAAGACUUACCAUGAUUUCUGGUGGUGUGCUUUUCUUGGCUGGUGCUGGAUUGAAUGCAUUCGCCCAACGCGUGUGGAUGCUUAUUGUUGGUCGUUUGCUUCUUGGUUGCGGCAUCGGAUGUUCCAAUCAGUCUGUGCCAAUUUACGUGUCCGAGAUUGCUCCCUACAAGUACAGAGGAGCUCUUAACAUGAUGUUCCAGUUGUUGAUCACGAUAGGCUUAUUUGUAGCCAAUGUUCUAAACUACGUUUUCUCCAAAAUGGAGAACGGAGAAGGCUGGCGCUACAGUUUGGGUUUUGCUGCAGUUCCUGCAAUAAUGAUUAUCUUAGGUGCAAUCUUUCUCCCCGAUACACCCAGUUCCUUGAUCGAGCGUGGUAAAGAGGAGGAAGCCAAGAGAGAGUUGAUAAAGAUUCGCGGCACUAGUGACGUUGAGGAAGAGUUUAAGGAUUUGGUUGCAGCGAGUGAAUCGUCGAAAGCGGUGCAACACCCUUGGGCUUCUUUGCUGACGAGGCACUACAGACCCCAUCUCACCAUGGCCAUUGCCAUUCCAGCCUUUCAGCAACUCACUGGCAUGAAUGUCAUAACAUUCUACGCUCCUGUUUUGUUUAAAACCAUUGGAUUCGGUGCCAAUGCUUCCCUCAUGUCUGCUAUGAUCACUGGAGGUUGUAACGCCGUCGCCACUCUUGUUUCCAUUGCUUCGGUUGACAAAUUUGGUAGACGUACUCUUUUCUUACUUGGUGGAGCUCAAAUGUUUGUCUGUCAGGUACUGCAUGCAUCCAACUUCUCUUUUUUGUUUUCUUUUUUAUCGAAUUGA